ACAGCAGUAGAGAUAAUAGAGUCAGUAGGUCAAUCUAAAAAUCAAUAUGGAUCAAACUACUACAAAAUAUUCUGGAACUCAAGAUGAGGACUUCAUAGUGACAGAGAACACUGAAAACACACAACUUUCGCCCAGUGAUGAAGAAGUUGUGCCUAGAGAGGAGCACUUCUCAGAUGACGAAUUUCAGGAAGAAGCGAUUUCUGAAGAAAGAACUUACAGAAAUAUUUUGAGUAUAACACCAGAUGCCUCUCCUGACUAUUCACCAGUACAAAGAGCAACCAACACCACUCAAAGGCCCUGUGGUUUAAGAAGGUCACAGUCAGCACCUAAUUUAAGUACUCCUGAGGCUGUAUAAAUUUUGAAAGACUAUUCUUCAGGUUCGCCCAACCCUCAUCUUCCUGACAGCCAAACAUCAGAACCUGAAGGAAGUACCAGAGCCUCCUGUGGAAACUACUGCUUCCC